AUGUCUGAAAAUAGAUCAAGCUUCCCAAAAGCCUAUUUGAAACUUUUUAAGCCAAAUGCACCAGAAAAUCUCGUCAGUGUACAUCUAAAUCAGCAGUCAGUAAUAUGUGAUCCAAAAACUGGUGCACGAAAAUCCCCAUUUGUUUCGAAGUUCGUGGACAAAAUUCCAGUGAAAACAAUGAAAGAUGUUUUUGAAUAUGGCUUAAAUACUUCAAGGUUUUAUCCAUGUCUAAGAAUACGACUCCCUUCCAAAAAUAAAUACUCAUGGCUCAUUUACAAUGAGGUAGAUAAAAAAAUAAAAGCUAUUGGGACAGCUCUUGUGAAAACUGUGAGACAAAGACGUAAUGCUGAAAACUUUGUGGGAAUCUAUGGACCGAACUCACCGGAGUGGGUUAUUAUGCAACAUGCAUGCGCCGCAUAUGGUUAUACUAUUGUGCCCAUCUAUCCUACAUUUGGUAAUGAAGCAAUACAACAUAUUUUAUCUCAAACACAAGUGAAUUGUAUGCUGUGUAAUUCAGGAACUGAAGCUCUUCAUCUGCUGGACAAGUUCGAAUCUUCUCUUGAAUAUUUAAUCAUUGUUUCAUAUGAUGUUAAAGUUGAAGAAGUUAAGUCUCAUCACGGCUCAAAAGUCUCUGUGUACUUGUUUGAGGAUUUCCUGAAGUUAUGUUCAUGA